AAGGAAACACAAACUGGAGGACGAAGCAGAUGGCUGCCCUGCGAGGAAGAGGAGACUGACUGCGGCCGAGCAUUGCCCUCUGACUCCCAGCCCCGAAGAAUGGGUUCUCUGCGCAGGUCAGCAGGCAGCCGGGGCGUUAGCAGGUCAGUGCGGUGGUAGCCUUCCUGAAGCUGGCAUGUUAGAAAUUUCCUGUGAAGAAAUGGAUCAGACAAUGGGGGAACAGCAGUACGAGGUUGCCCGCAGGAAGCUUCAGGAAAUUGAGGACAGGAUAAUUGAUGAAGAUGAUGAUGUUCAUGCUGAUGGACAUACUAGCAAUCUGCCCACUCUUGUCCUGUCUGAUACCCUUAAAAAAGGGAUGAAGAGGGAUUUUGGUGAAGUCCUGACAAAGAAAAUAAUAGAGUCCAUGAGCCGUCCCUCAAUGGAGCUGGUGCUUUGGAAACCUCUCCCUGAAUUCCUCACGGACAAACUGAAGACUGUUUCUGUUGCUAAAAACUUCAAGCAUCAGGAAACAGAAGGGUGCCAGGCUAAGCAGUCAGCAUGUGGAGCUGCCUUCCACCCACAGACUGAAACAUUCUCUGAAGCACAACGGACUGUGAUGUCUCCAGAUCUCUAUGUUAGCUUGGGAGCCCCUGGGUGUGCAGAAGAGGAAAUGGAAUUGUAGAAGCCAGAUUGCAGACUGAAAUGUGCACAUUUUUGAAGGUUUCUGUAGCUGGUUUCAUUCUCUCUUCGCUUUUGGUAUGAGACGUGGAUCUGAAGUGUUAUUAUUUGGGUUGUGUUGUUUUGUUUUAUGGUAACAAUCAGAAGAAUGUGGAUUUGGGCAGUCACAGCUCUAAGAAACAGAAGAGAAGCUUUUAUAAUCCAAUAAAAAUAACAUUUUUACAAGGAAAUCCCAUGAACUUUGGAACAGGGAAGGAGUUCUCCAACUGGCUUACUGGGAAAUGUCCUUUUAGUAGUUGCCUUUGGUGAGAAGUACACAGCAGAUACUGAAUGUAAUAGGGGAUCAACCCACCCCUUAUGCUUGCUGAGCCAUUAAGAUUUUGGCGUAUGCUUUGCUUGGUGUGCUAGCUUUGUUUGGGAUUGCUCAGAUAUUUUGAAAGCAGAAGAUAUCUUUUGAGUUGAAUCUGAGGUAGACAAGCCACCUUUGUGAAAAAGCAGUUCUGUACUUUUUGCUUCAUUUGUGACUGGCUUGAGCUCAACCUUAAAAUGCAAGCCUGGAAAACUACUGUUCUGCAGCGUGGUAGGGAAACACAAGUUAGAACUACACUAGUACCCUGUGCUUUUGCUGUCACUAGGAAGUAAAAUUGGUGACUGAGUUGAAAAGUUGGCUCUUUAAUUUUACUCGCUCACUGGCCCAAGAAACUUUUUAAAAAGAAAAAAAUAGUUUGGGUUUCUCUGAACUAUCCAAACAGAAGUAGCUUUUUAUCAUACUGAAGUGAAUCCCCUCUUCCAUUAGUCAGUGAAGAGAAGUUUUUAUUGUUUGUUCCCAUUCCUGGGGUUCCUUGAAGAUAUCUGAAGGAAAAUUUUCCUUCUAGCAGGGGAGGUGGGAUAUAUUGGGAACCUUACUCAUUUACCAUGCUAAUCUAUUUGCCUUGACUUCCCUUGCACUACGUUCCUGCCCAGGGCAGGGCGUCGGACUUGAUGAUCUGUUCAGGUCCCUUCCGACGCUGGAAACUAUGAAACAGGUACAGUAGUUCUUUCCAUGACAGAGCUUUGGAUUCAUUGCAGUGGCUCCAUGUUUCUGCUUACAUACCAUCUCUAUAGCCUUUGUGAUUGGACAUUCUUCUGUUUAAUAACUUCUGUCAAAAUAUACAUUUUUUUUUUUAAUUGAGCUUUUCUUUUGAAGCCAGUGUUUCUGCUGUUUUGGCUGGUAGUGGUAGCUUUUUGUUGAGAAGAGACCCCUUUGGACUUGGGCAUAAGGAGGCUGGUUGAGGAACUCCACACCUGUUCAACUCUCCACUCUGUUUUCUGGCUGGCUAUACUUGCCCAAGAAAAAGAACUUUGUUUCAUAUAUCAGCAAAAGUUUUCAUAACACUAACAUUGUUCUGGUACUUAAGUCGUUAUUGAAGUAAGCUGGAAACUGGUGUAAAAUAUUUCCACUGAAAUAAUUGAUUUCUGUACUGGACAAAUGUGUGCACCUUUUUUCCAUUCUUGUAUCUAAUUUCCUGUUUGAAAACCUCGUUGUCAUGUAAUACGCAAAAUUUCUUAUGUGUGUUGCUUAAACCUACCAAAUCACUUAAAAUUGUACAGCGUUUGAAGCCUAGUACAUAUAACAUAAGGAGUUUGAGGGAAGGCAUUAUUUACUACGCGGGUAGAGGAUGCUGUGAUGCUCCCAAAUAGGUAUCUUCUUCAAGCUUGUAGUGCUGUGGAAAAGGUUCAAGGCUGAGACUGGGCUAAGACAAUGGGUUUGGCCUGAAACAAAUCCGAUGGAGAAAACAGAAACAGCAAAACCGUGGCAGAGGAAUGCAAAGGACCUUAGGAGGCCGAUGAAAUCCAAACAGCUUUUUUUCCCCGCUUAGACUUGCUGUUUUUUCAUUCAGAGCUAUUCAUCUGAGUUGCAGACAAACUAAUCAUUGUAUAUGCUUAGUACAAAUGGGAUUUUUUUUCUAUGGUUUUAACAACUUUGCAUAUCCCAUUUGUACCAAAGGUUGCUGUUCAGAAGUAUGUGUCCACUUCAAAUCCUUUGGUGCUGUGCAGAGCCCCCUGAACUAGUUUACUCUGCUUGUCAAAUCUAGGAUUCCUUAGUGGCAUAAACCAUAAGAUGAGGGCUCUUGUAUGGAAAGCAGCUCAGCUUCGAGUAGCAAGCAUCUAGUUUGAGUUCGAGUUCUUGUUUGUUUUGAAAAAGAGGAAACAUUUGUUUCUUAACUUGAUGAGGGAGUGAGAUCUGCCUUCCAUCCCUAGACUAAGCGGGGCUGUUGAACUGCAGUCUGCUUUAACUAUCCAUUGCCCAAGGCGUGGGUAGAUGAGCAAUUGAAAGGAUGUGCAUUCAUGAUGGUUACAUUUCUCGUUCGCUUCCUUAAAGAACUUCUGCUGAUUCUGCACGUUAUAAGAUGGCACAAAUGGUGUAGCACCAUGGAAACCCUUGAUGAUGCUUUAUUUUGAAAUAGGAAAAUCUGAUUCCAGCGUGUCUUGUUGGGACCAAAUUACUAUUUGUAUAUUAGUUUUCAAUAAAAUUUUUAAUGUGUGGUUUGUUUUCUUUAGGUGACUAACAUUUUUACUGGAAACUAGGAUGAAAGCUAGACAGCACUUAGUUACUCUUGAAAGAAGCUUUAAUGUACAAAAAUGAGUGUAAAAUAUUGUCUGUGUGUCUGACUCAUUGUCCAUUCUUUUCUUUACUGUCUUCAGAGUACAGUGAAGAAGAGCUGGAAAUUCGACUGACACCAAGAGUUAGCUAACCAGCCUAGCUCUGAUUUUUUUUGUUUUGUUUUUUUUAAUAACUCAAGAAAACUCAGACUAAGAAAAGCUUUAAAAUGUGCACCUGUGUAAUAGCUAGCUUUUAUGGGGACAUGAGACAAAGUAAUUGAUUAUUGUUUUUUUGACCCUAUGUCUAUUCAGGGGCCUUCAGUCACUUCUCUAAAGAUUAAACAAGCUGCAGGUGAGCUCAGUCAAAGCUAUUUUUGAUUUACAGAUGGCAAAACCUGAGGUGUGACUAAAGGAAUGGUGUUUCCUGUACUGGAUCAAACCACUCGAUUGUGUUAAAACCUUGUCCAUCUGCAAGUUUUUCUUAAGCCUUGCAGGCAUGAGUAGUACCACUGCUGCUGCACCAGAUCCAGGAAAGGCUUAGCCCCCUUCCCCUGCCAUAAUUUCGAACUACUUCGGUACUGACUUACAUGGGAGGCACAGUCCUUGCUAUUGCACCUGCUCUGGAGCUUUUCCUGAUGUAACCCUACUGCAAGGUUCCCCGUCAUACUAACAAGUCAGGGUUGCUUUGUUACUCUUUAGCCUUUUCCUUCCUUCCCACUUCGUUUCUGUGCAAGACUGGCUAGUCUCCCCUCAGUUAGUGGCUUCUCUUUUGACAAGACUUCCAGCAACUGAGGCAAUCCUUCAGCUGUAGUUCAGUUAAGAGAUGUAUGAGGGUAGGAAGAUAUCUGAAAUAAGCUGAAUGUUUUUGCCCAGCCACUCAAAAGUUGAACUAGUGCUUUUGAAUUGCUUUGUCCUUUACCUACCUCAAAAAUAAGAUUCUGUUGCAUGUUGACAUUUAUUUAAUUUAUUUUCCUCAGAUUACAUGUUUUUUAAAUUUAGAAUAAGAUCAUUAUUUAAAUGAUCUUAAAACGUUUUUUUAAAUGGUCAUAUUUUUUCCCUCUGUCCCUUCCAGUUUGUGUUUAAUUUUUGUUAUUUCAAAAAUGGUAGUAGAAGUGUCAUUGGGGUAUCAGGUUAUGUAUUAGAAGCAUCGUAUUUGGGGUAUUAGACAUGGAACUAAACAAAAACUGACUAAAUGCUUACUGAUUACAUUUGAGAUAUUCCCAACCUCUAGGGCAGUUCUCGGCCUUAUUAGAGUCAGGGAGCCAUUCAAAACAUUUUUUAAUGUAGUGGCACCUGCAGUUGAAAACUGCUGUUGUGCUACCUCAUUGAUUCUCAACCAGGGUGCUGCUGCACACCUCUGCCUGUGCUGGGGUUUUCUGAUGAACCUAAAUCAGGCAGGAUCAGAGACAUAACUAAAUGAGCUUGCCCUGGGUGUCCCUGCACUUGACCCCUCCACCUGGGCAGUGCAAAGGGCUGCUCUUACCCAGCCUAACCCCUCUGGAUGGGCAGUAAAAAGGCUGUGACUGGAGCGUGCGCUCUUGCCACAGCCCUUUCUGACCCAUCCCCAUAUUCUCCUACCAGAAACAGGAGCAUAGGACAGACCCACUUGCUGGGAGGAGGAUGUGGGUUCAAACCAGGAAGAGAUUAACAUUUGAAUAGUUGUGUAUGAGAUCAAUGAGGCUGUGAGUUCUAGCCUGUGGGAAAUGCAGGCAGAAGCUAGCUCCCUUCUAAGCGCGGGAUGAUGCAGUAUUGCAAGUUGGGCACUAGGUGCUGCUGCUGCUGACAGCUCUUCAUUGGUUUGUCAAUCAUGCCUCCCAGAGCAGUGUUUCUCAACCUGUCACCACCCCGAAGAGGGUCAAAGGAAUAUGUGAACGGGUCAUGAACAAACUUUAAAAAUGGAUUCUCCUUUUAAAAGAGAAAAACAUGGGAUAGUUUCAGCCUGAAAGGGGCUGCUUGGGGCUUCCCUUUCCCACCCCCGGCCCCACACACUGGGCAGGGCGCAAUGCAUUGCGAGUGAUGGGUACUGAGUCGGGAUUGGCCAUCAAAGUUUACAGAUGGGUCCUGUUACAAAAAAGGUUGAGAACUACUGUCCCUGAGAGUUAUAGGUUUUAGCUGUAUUGGUCUACAGGCCAAAGAAACCGGGACUAGUGGUAGAGGUGAUAACGUUUAUUAAGCCAAUUAGAUAUUUGCAAGUUUUCGGGCACACUUGCCCUUCUUCAGGCAUAGGAGAGUUGCAACUCAAGCUUAUGUGGCUCAACUAUCAUGGGUUCAGUUACUUGCUUGUUUUCUAAUGUAAUGGAUAAUUCUAAGGAACUCAUUCUUGAUAUGCAGCCUAUAUGAUUAGCUUUGCAUUUAAAAUGUAAUGGCCUAAGAACUGAAGUUUUACAUUUUCUGUAGUUAAAGGUGUGGUGUUAAAAGGUCUGUUACAGCUGAGAAUAUUCCACUUGGUAGCUUCCAAUUUCUCUUGCCAUUAUGUUAUAUUGAACAGGCAGAGGUUACCAUCAGGAUUGAGCAUUCAUUGCAGUUGGCGUGGCCCUGUCAUUGAAGACCUUGCAUACUUGGAUCUCAAACACCCCAGUGUUCAAACAACUAACUAGUUUAGUGAUUUCAUCAGUUGUAAGUCUCAUAGCUGUUUUUAAAGUGCAAAGAAUCUUUGUUGGUUAGUGAUUCAGGAAAAUGGCUCUGGAAGUGACCCUGCAUGGGAACAAGAGAAAUCCGAGUUGAAAGGAACACUGGUUGGAAGAAAAAAAUCAAUAUAAAACAGCUAUCCAUCAGACAGACAAAUCUUUCCUUGCCAGAUUUAAUCUGCAGGAAUAUAUUGAAAUCCUGUUUUUUUCCAACCCUGCUCUUGUCAAAUCCAAAACUCAUGUUGCAAAUUCUGCUGAGUUUGGUUUGCCUUCCUGUGCUAUCUGCCUUGUGCUCUGGCCUUGGCUACCCAGAAGGAAAGGCAGUUCUUCCACUACUGAAGGAGUACUGGCUUAGGCUACAUGUGCUCUUACUACUACAUUGUCUAGCUUUGUUUGCAGCAGAUAACCAUGUGGUUUGAAUAAUAAAUAAAAGAUCAGUGGGUCAUUUGCUUGACACAGAAUGGGAGAAUUAUUUAAAUGUCUCACAGUGGGAGCACUGCUUUCCUGAAUGGACUGAAUAGAACUGAGGAGAAGUAGGUUUCUUUCUCUUGUUAGCUGCUUUGUAGAGAUUUUGACUAAUACUGUCCCAUUGGAGUAAUGCAAAUCCAGUUCCUGGAGAAGAGAGGUAAGGUGGUUGCCUCCUGGUAAAAUGUCAGGCACGUGCCUCUUCAUUCUGUUACUCCUUAUAGGGGUUUAAAGAAGUCUACUGUAUCCUUCUUUGAAUGCAUCUUGUCAUCUUCAGUUCCCCCCAAACCCCUGAACCGAUCUUCUUGAAACUUGGUAGGCUUCGUGCUCUCAGCAGAAGCUACCACCCCCACCCCUGCAUGUUUCAUCCAAAUCAGACCAAAAACAACGUUAUAGCUAUUUCAUUGAUUCCCCAUUAUACCCUAUGGCCGGAGCUCCGGAGCUUCGGAGCCGCUUCAGGCGAAUUUAAGCAAGAGACCGAUUCAGAGCUCCGGAUCGGAUCCCUGGCAUCCAAAGCGGCAGGAUCUGAAGCUGGAUUAAAUAGCUGCCUGCUCACGCUGGCCUAAUUUUUACUGGCCAAUCGCAGGUGCAUAGGAAAUCUUUAAUUUACCAACUUGUUAUGCAAGUGAAACUAAACAAAGUAACAUCUUCAGUAACCUAAACUAUUUUAAGCAAAGGGGAAUAGUGCUUACGAGUCAAUCUGUACCCUAAAUGGAGAGCUGCAGGAAAAUGAGUGAAACAGUGAGAAGUCCCAAGUAGAAUGAACCAAGACUUGCUGUGCUUCUUGCUGGGGGCCCUAAGUUAUAACAGGGCAGAGAGAGAUUUUUUUACCCCAGUUCUUUGUACCUUGCAUUGUAAGAAUGCUGUGGAUAUAGUGAGAUGAAGCUUUACACAGAUGUGUACUGUUUUUCCAGAAGUAAAUUAUUGUCAUCACCACAUGUAUAAACUGCUUAAGGUUAAUUGAACGACUGAACAGAAAGACAGUGACAUCAGUUGCAAGGUUUCACAUUUCAGUUGAAGCUGUUCUCUAAAGGCCAGAUGUCUCAUGCACACAUCUGUGCAGGAAGGGAAACCAUAGCCACAAGGGUAGUGGGAAGUCCUUCGUGAGCUUUUCUUGGACAAUAUGUGCAAUUGUGAGGCCUCCACAGGUGCUGCUUUCAGAUAGUGGCUACUACUCCAUGUAAAUGUGUUUAGUCUGUAGCCUGGGGGCUGUAGACGAUGCAAGGAAAAAGGUUGUCUAUUUGAAUUCAGUGGGAGCAUUGUCAUUACUUGGAGCAGAUCCUCAAGUAAUCUAUUUUGAAAGACUUGGAGGAGAAAAAGGUGAUUAGGAACAAUCCAC